AUGGAGUGGACAGAACUAAAGGACCUCAUGUUGUUGAGAGAGAUCCUAACAAAUGAACCCUUUAAAUUCUAAGCUGGUUCUAAAGAGCGUGGCUCAGCAUGGAGCCUAACUGCUCAAAAUCUUAACACACAUCCUGGAUUUACAGUUUCUCAGAGAGCUGUCCGGGAUCGUUACGGAAUCCUCGAGAAAAAAGCAAAGAAGCGACAACGCGAAAUUGAAAACGGCAUUGGGAUAUCUCCCGAAGAUUCGGAGCUUGAUUUAGCCCUUGAAGAAAUUAUAGAAAAAUGGGAAGCCGCUGAGCAAGAGUUCCAGACUGAUUACCAAAACAAGGCAAAAAAACUUGAAAAGGACAAAGAAACAGCAGAAGAGAUGCGGAAAAUUUCCAUGGAAACUUUUGGUGCUUCUAAGAAGAGGAAAGCUGAAUCAGAUGAGUCGCCGGAAGAGAAGCGAUGUAAAAAGAGGAGAGGUGGCAGCGACACAGUCCAAUUCUUAAAGGAGCAUAGUGAGAUGAGGUUUCAGUUUAAAAGAGAAGAAAUUGAAGCUAAGAAAAAUGAGCAGUCACUUUUAACUGAGCAACAGAAGCAACAGCAACAGAUGAUGUCCAUGUUGCAGCAACAACUACAGCAACAGAAUGAACAACAACAACUACAUCAACAGCAGAUGCGGCAACAACUGCAACAGGUGCAGACCAUGUUUAUGGAAUCUCAGAAGCAGCAAGCGCAGCUUAUGGCUACCUUAUUUCAGAAAAUGUCAGAACACAAAUAG